ACUCACAGCUGUUGGUACUCCUCUCUCCGAUGAACAGCGUUGGAGAGCAGAGCCUGAAGGAGUCUGGGAGAACCUUUCGUUAGUUGGCAGCUCCUCAUGUGAGCAUCUGGACGGAAUAACUGGAGGGACAACUGGAGCGACUCGCGUUUUUCUGAUCACCUACCCGCCUGUCCGUUCCGGGUUCUCUGUUGGAAUCUGCUUACAGAAUCUGAAACAACCGCAGAGUGGGAAAGAGAGACAUGAGUUUUACCUCUGCCAUCUGCCACUACUGCCUGAUUUCUCCCAUUCACUAAUCCAGGAGGGAAUACCAGGUAAGAGGGUCAAAGCGGCAGCCAUAGAGGCAAAGCAGCAAGGUGUAGCAGGCAUGAGUGCAGACAGCCAUCAGGGGGUGGUGACCACUCCUCCGCCACCCACCGGGGGGACCAAGGAGCGCUAUUUUGACCGGAUCAACGUCAACGAUCCGGAGUACAUCAGAGCCAGAAACAUGUCGCCGGAUCUCCGGCAGGACUUUAAUGUCCUGGAGCAGAAGAAACGCGUCACACAGAUACUACAGAGCCCAGCUUUCAAAGAGGAACUGGAGUGUCUGAUCCAUGAGCAGCAGAGAAAAGGGAACAACCCGACCGGACUGCUGGCCCUCAGGCAGAUCGCAGACUUCUUCAUGGCCAGCUCAGUGGCCGGCUUCAACACGUCUCCUCUCAGUCUGGGGAUGGUGACUCCCAUUAAUGACCUGUAUGGGGUGGAGUGCUCCUCUAUGGUGAAAGGCGAGAAGCUGACGCGCUGUAAACUGGCCAGCCUCUACAGACUGGUAGACCUGUUCAGCUGGGCCCACUUCGCCAACUCCUACAUCACAGGCCGAGUGAGUAAAGAACAAGACCACAUUCUCAUCAUCCCCAGAGGUCUGUCAUUCGCUGAAGCUUCUGCAUCCAACCUGGUGAAGGUGAACAUCAUCGGGGAUGUGAUCGAGCAAGGCUCCACAAACCUGCGGAUCGAUUCGGCCGGUUUCAGCCCGCAUGCUGCCAUCUACUCCAUGCGACCGGACAUCCGCUGCAUCGUACACGUGCACACUCCCGCCACGGCGGCUGUGUCCUCUAUGAAGUGUGGCAUUUUACCUAUUUCCCAGGAGGCAUUGAUCUUGGGAGAUAUUGCUUAUUACAACUAUCAGGGCUGCCUGGAUGACCAGGAGGAGCGCAGAGAGCUGCAGAAAGCCCUUGGUCCAACAGCAAAGAUUUUGGUGCUGAGAAAUCACGGCGUAGUCGCUCUGGGGGAGACCAUCGAAGAGGCCUUUCACUACAUCUAUAAUGCCCAGUACGCCUGCGAAAUCCAGGUGAAUGCUAUCUCAUGUGCUGGAGGAGUGGACAACCUCAUAGUGCUGGAUCCUGAGAAGUAUAAAUCCAGAGUUUUUGCUGUGGCUAAUGCUGCAUCCGUCAACAUGGCUGGGCAGUACAAGUGGAAGAUCGGGGAGCUGGAGUUUGAGUCCCUGAUGAGGAUGCUGGAUAAUCUGGGCUACAGGACGGGUUACGCCUACAGACACCCCAUCAUUCGAGAGAAGCCGAGGCAUAAGAGCGAAGUGGAGAUCCCCGCCACCGUCACCGCGUUCACAUUUGAGGAGGAUGGUGACGCCACUCGGCUGCCCUUCAAGUUCCUACAGCAGCGGCAGCAGAGGGAGAAGACGCGCUGGCUGAACUCCCCUAACAGCUACACCAAGGUCAGCGUGGAGGCCGGAGAGGAGCGCUGCAGCAGGACCACCACGUGGAUGAAAGCGGAUGAAACCGGAACUCCGAUCCGCAUUGAGGACCCCAACCAGUUCGUCCCUCUGAACACAGACCCCACCGAGGUGCAGCAGAAGAGGAACAAAAUCAGAGAGCAGAACCGGUUAGAUGUGAUGACAUCAGGCCCGCGGUCUCAGCACCUCGCUGGGAUUCCUGUCGAUCAGCCGCGCCAGGAAGCUGGGCAAAUAGGCGCGCCGCCAUACGUGCCCACAGAGGAGGAGCAGAUGGCUCCUCUUCCUCCCAACCCGUUCAGCGAGCUGUUGGAAAAGGAGGAGUCCCACAAAAACAUGGAGAGAAGGCAACUUGGCCUCAGCGAUGGCGAGCACGAGCUAACCUCCGACGACGGCUCCACUCUCUCUCAGUCUCUGUCUGUCACGCAGUCUCCGCAAAUCACUCCAGCUAAAGAAGAAAACCACACGGGCCUGAUGAACGGAAAGGACAACCACGACGAGGAGCUGUCCAAGCGGGUCAGUCAGCUGACCACCAGCAUGGAGAGCGUGGAGAUCACCGUGCGCUCUGGCGAGAAGAUCGAGGAGACGCUGUCCCCCGAAAGCUCCCCCUCUAAGUCACCCAACACCAAGAAGAAGAAGAAGUUCCGCACGCCGUCCUUCUUGAAGAAAAACAAAAAGAAAGAGAAGACGGAGGCCUGAGAGAAGGGAGCAGGCAGCGCGGGGAGUCAGGAAGAGCGUCCGCGUAAAGAGGAAAGAGGGGCCCGAUCCUCCUCCUUUCUGUCUUUCUUUUGUCUGUCCUUUUAUGUUUGUUUUUUUUUUGUUUUUAAUUAUAUUUGAUUUUUUUAACAAAAGGUUUUAUGUACAAAAGGCAGAAGAAAGUUUAAAAAAAUGGGAUAAAAAAAAAAAAAAAAAGUAAUUUUUGCAGAGAAAGAAUGUUUGUGAAGUUUCUGGGAGGGCAGGCGUUUGGGCCCCCCCGAUCAAAGCUGCAGCAGAUGUGAGGAAACAUGCAGGUGUUGGUGUGUCCACACACCUGAUAACUCAUGCAGUGCUCUAACAGGGCUCCUGGAAAUGUCACUUUUUAGAUCCUGAAUAACUGGCUCCUCUUCUCAUUUUUAACCUUUCUCAAAUAUAAACUGGAAGCCUCUUUUGUUUCCCUUCACAUAUGCUUUUUUUAGAUAUAUUUCCAAUUAUUUCUGCACAAAGGAAAGCGGAGACGCCACAUAAGUUUUUACAUCACACUGGAAAACCUGGAAUAAAAGCAGCAGGAGGCUUUGAGCUGAUGUGUGGCUCUGGAUGACGGUUUUCUCCUCCAAAGAUUGUUGUUAAACCACCGAUACGGUUAAAGGUUGUUGGAGUAGAUGGUGCGGACGAAGGCUGGCUGUUUCUAACUACAUUAUCUCAUAUUUAUGUAGCGUUUUUAUACCAUACCUUCUUCAUCUCUGUUGUUUUUAUUUGCCAAAAUGACUGGGAGAAAAUCAAAUUUUAGGGAAGCAUCUCUGUUUCUCAUGGGUGGUGAUUGUUCAGACUGAAUGCAGUUUUAUAUCCGUCGGCCUCGUCUCGCUCUAGGCAUGGGCCAGUUACCGGAUUAAAGGUUAUAAAGGUGCAUCUGGAUCACUUAAAAUAUUAUUAAAAAUUCAUUUGUCGGAGUAACCCUUUUAAUAAGUAAAAUACAUCAUAUAAACUACUUCACUACACACUGUUAGUUUCAAACCAUAUUUACUCUGGUUCUAAUGAUUUCAGCUUCUACCUAAUACAAUCAUAUUAAUUAUUAGAAUACUGCAGUACAAUUAUUUUUAUAAAGAAAUGUGGUUUUAGUAAAAAUGCCUGCUAAAAAGUUAUUUUCAAAGGUAAUUUCAAUCGGAAGAGUCUCAUAAAACAUUUCUAUUAGAAUUAUCUCUUUAUUUAAAUGUACUCACUGGAUUUCUGGUCCUUUCAGUCAAUAUUAUGCUAAAACAUUUUUUUUUUUUUUUUUUUUUUUUUUUUUACAAAUUUGUAUUUAAAAUCUGUUGUAAAAAUAGACCAAAAGAAUCCAGAAAGGACUUUAGCAAAUUAAAGAUGUACUUCAGGAGGAAAUAAACGGAGCUCAGUUUACAACUAUUGUGCAAAACAUCAGAUUGAUAUUUUUCAGUAUUGUUCAACCUAAAGUGGCGUCAGCUGUUUUAAAAUACUGAAAACCUAGCAGUUCUCCAAUCUUUAUCUGCUUUGGUUUUGUUAUAAAAAUGAGGUUUCAUAAGUCAAAACAAUCUGUUGCGAACGGGAUAUUUUUUUUACAUUUCUGUAGACAUUUUAAUAACAGUGUGCAUGACACUAGAAACAUUAUCAAUGCUGGAUUUGCCCUGCCAGGCCACUAGUUGGCAGUAUGUUCUUCAAAGCUCAACCACAUGAUCAUGCAAAAUGUUAGCAUGAAACAAUCCAGCACUAGGGCUGCAUCCUUCGCUCAGGGCUCUUUAGCCAAAGCAGGAGCGCAUCAGUGGUUUCCAUGAUAAGCAAAUCCCACAAUCCUUUG